AUGUUAUUUCUACUUCUAUUAUUAGCUUUACAAACUGCCCUCGGGGCCACUAAAUAUGUCAAUGCUUUUACAAGUUUUGAUGAUUUAAAAUUCAUGACACCAAAGAGACCUUCCCAACCAUUUCAAGUAUAUUGGGAAGCUACACUUUCAUGGAGUUUAAAAAGUUCAGAAAUCCAGCCAUAUGAUACCUUCGGUUUAAUAUUACCUUGUGUAUUUAAAUUCGCAACCAAUGAAAAUACUUUAACACUAAAAGUAAACGAAGUGGAACUUGCCUUUUGCAGCUUGAUCUCUGGUGAAUUAAAGGAGACAUUUUCCAAACUUGAUUGUAUUGCAUUACCUGGUGUUACUUUGGGAAAUUCUAAAGGUGGGAUUAAACUUCCCUUUACAUUUAAUGUAGGUGGUUCAGCAUUAUCUACUGAUUUAGAAACUUCCAAAUGUUUUACGGCUGGUAAAAAUAUUAUUUCAUUUUAUGAUGGCGACAAGGAACUUUCUUAUCCAGCAUUCUUUGAAACUAUGUUUGAAUCUGGAGGGAAACAUGAUGCUGAUGAGGUUGUAUAUGGAGCAAGGUCAUUAGAAAAUAUGAAAUGGCUCCAGAAUUAUUUAUUGGCAGGAAAUUGCCCCCAGGGAUAUACCUCUGGAAAAUUGGGAUUUACUAUUCUCCAAGGAGCAAAAAUAGACUGCAAUACUAUUCAUGCAUAUAUAUCAAAUAAGUUUAAUGAUUGGUUCUUUCCAACCACUUUUGAAGAGAUGAAAAUGACAAUAAACUGUUCCGAAAAUGAAGUCCUAAUUGAAUAUCAAAAUAUCAGUCCAGGAUACCGGCCAUACCUAGAUGGUUUAAUUUCUACCAGAUUGGGCCAUGAUACCAAAAUGAAAUACGUUAACCAGUACACGUGUAACAAUGAGACUGUAAAAUCCAAUGAUGUGAUAGUGAAUUGGGCUAACUAUCAGCCAAUAUAUCCCACGAACACUGGUGGAACAUUAGUGGUGCAAGAAUUAAUUUCAAGCACCACCACCUCCGAUGGUUUAUCGACUAUUGAUUCUGAAACAUACGAAAAUGAAGACCCUAUUCCAACCGUUGCUACAAACAAUGAAUAU